UUGUGAACCUCGUUUCGCUCUUUCUUUCGAGCUAUCAUCUUCUCAACCGUAACUCAGACUGUUAUAUUACCGCAGCAGCCGGGUUUCUUUGGUUCCCUCCUCGAGUACAUUCUCAUAACUCAAGCCACUCAACAUAUCAAAGUUGUGCCACUGUACCCACUCACACUCCCGAGAAUGCCUCGUGCUAAAUCUCUCCUUUGACAUCAUUCAGUACUGAACCUGACUAACUGAUUUUCCUUUCUUUACAAUAACAGAAAGACGGGCGACCGAACGAAGCCAAUAUGGCAGCCACAUGUACCAUAUGCCAGGCUAUAAUCUCCAACAGGACUGAUUUGCCUCGACAUAUGAGGAUCCAUUCUGCCGAUAAACAUAAAUUUAUGCAUCGAUGUCCAUACCCUGAUUGUAAUUUCGAGAAUCUUCAGAAAAGCAAUGUCGAGACACAUAUCCGCACUCACACGAAAAGUAAAACGAACAACUGUCCAGAUUGCGAUUUCACCACUGUCGAUCCUGGCUCUUUGACGCGUCAUAGAAAACGAAUCCAUGGUUACAUCCCGAAAUCACGACGAUCGCGGCAUCCAAAACCUACCACUACCAUAUCCUCGGAUGACGGGUCCUCUCGUAUCUCCUCAAAUCAGAAUGACGGAGGUGAAGGGUCGUCUUCGAUGCAGACCACCGUACACGAGGGACAGGAUUCUGAAUCUUAUUCUGGACCUUAUGACACUGGCCACGUUCAGUCGUCGCACCAAUCACAGUCUCUUUUAUUAGACGAAUCAAUUUCGAGGCCAAACUUCAAUCAAGCUCCGAUAAGUCGGUUUAUUACAACCUUGAGCUCUUCAACCUCAACUUCAGCGCCGAUACCGAUGACGACGAAGAGGAUAUCUCGGGCUCGGAUGGAGGAGGCGGAGGCCGCAGAAGCUGCAGAGAAAGCUAGAGCAAUCGAGAUUUUGAGUGGUUUGCGGCAUUCCAUUGAGGCAGGGAAUUUUGAUACUAGUGACGCAGAUGCUGUAAGUACUGCGUCUGUUCGAAAAGUGAGGGAGGGGGGUCUUCCAACUAACGAGGCUAUGUGUCAACCUGCGGAUUGGGAUGGGAUCAAGGGAGAAGACGGUAAAACAGGUGCAAUUUCAGCACCGGGUUCGGGAUCAUAAGUGGGAGACAGCUCUUCAGAUUCUACGGCUUAUUUGUAUUCACGUCCUUUGAAUUUCCGGUCCUUCUGGAUUGAAGAUACAGAAUGCUUUUGAUUGUUCCACUGAUCGAGAAUAUUACUUCCUUUUAGUUUUAUCAUAGUGAAUGUACAAGUAGUUAUCAAAUUAUCAU